AAAGCCCAUGACGGAAGCAGUAGAGAGGAAGGGCGUGUCUUAUUUUGAUAACGCGUGCAGUAGGGCGGAGCUCUCUCUCGAUGAGGUUUGACUGCUGUUUGCGCAACUGUCGCUGGAGAGUGCAGUCUGACAUCGCUGGGAGGGAAAAUGUCCUGUUGGUUGAGGGAACAGACUUUAUUGCUGGCACAAGAUUACAUCAGCUUCUGCAGUGGGAUCCAACAGACGCCUCCCAGCGAGUCAGCAGAGGCCAUGAGAUACCUGGCCAAAGAGAUGGAGCAGCAGUACAGAAGCAAAUUCCGAUCCCUCUCCCAGGAGUUCCUGGAUACCUGUGGAUCAGAUCCCAGCAAGUGUCUGCAGAGCGUCAUGAGGGAACUGGUGGUAGAUGGGAAACUGAACUGGGGGAGGGUGGUUUCCAUCUUUACUUUCACUGGAGUGCUGGCCAGUGAGCUAGUGUCCAGGGGAAAGAAUUCCGACUGCUCCUGGAGAUUGGCCGAGACCAUUGCUGACUACCUUGGAGGCGAAAAACAGGACUGGCUGGAGGAAAACGGAGGCUGGGAGGGUUUCUGCAGGUUUUUCCACAAAGCAAGACAGCUGAACCAAGAGUCCUCGAUGAAGACCGCACUGUUUGCAGCAGCAGGAGUGGGUUUAGCGGGUCUAACAUUUCUCUUAGUACGUUGAUGAUUUUAGGUUCUCUCUCUCUCUUUCACACACAACACACCUGCUUUCUGUCAUAUGGCUAAGGCUAAACAGUUGUGCCCUUCAGGUUUCUUGCACAUUUUUUCCAUGUCCACACCUGUAAUUACAGCAAACAGACCUUCAUGUUGAUUGUACACUCUUCACAUGGCCUUCAGGAGAAAAAGAUGGAAGUUCUAAGUCCUUGCAUAUCUAAUAUGGUGCUUUUUUUAUUUUAUAAUUGCUUUUGUCACUUGUUCCUGUGUAAAUCUUGUUAGUUUAGAUAGAAUUUACAGUUUGUGAAAACCACAUCACAAUUUCUUGUUUGUAUGUUUCUUUCAGUCUGAAAACAAGAUGCCCACCGAUCGCAGUUGUGUCAGAAACUAUUGUAAUACAUUAGAGAUAAAGUGCAUAUAUUUUGUUAUAUGACAGAGCAAUUCUUUUUUGUUAGACCCCUUUUUGACUUGACUAGUGUUUUACAUUAUGAUCAUUUACACCUUUGGGAUGUAAUCUCAGUUUCAUCCUCGAAGGCAUUUGUUCUCGUUUGUUUGUUUCAAGAAUGCCUGUGAUAUUCGCCCAUUGUAAGUUUACGUUGUAAAUGUAUUUAUUUACUCUUAAGAACAAAUGAUUACUAUUUAGGCAAUUCCCAACAAUUGACAAAACAUUAUAUUUUUGCAUUGUUUUAUUUAUUAACUUCUUAAUAAAAUUAUUUUACUGUGAAA